UCUCAUGGCAUCAGAGGACCUGGCAAACUGCAGCAAAGAAGGGUGAUAACAUCCCCUUUCAGCCAUGGCUAAAGGUACCUGUGCUGAUACCUUUGUUGUAGGCAGGGGGAUUCAUACUGUACCUGUUAUCUCCAGGAACAAAAGGCUUUUGGAGGAUCUAACAAUUGGGAACUAACAUUAAAUAAACUGAAAUUUGUUCAAAUUGGAAGGGGGCAGGAGUAAGCAAAUGAGAUGAAUCUGGGUAAACACCACACAAUAGAAUUAAUGAUGAGCAGGCAGGCAACAGGACCGAGGUGAAGCCCAGCCUCUGGAUCCCUAACUCAUCACAUGCUGCUGGAAACCACCAGAGGAACACACAGGAAAGAGGAUGAAGUCACUGUCCCAUACACGUUUCAGAUGAUUGCAGGAGCACUCAGCCAAAAUCAGCUUGAAGAAGAAGAAAAAUGUGUUAAAGAGUUUAUUCUCUUGACAGAGCUGCAAGUAGCUUAUUCUAAAGAAUGGCGCUGAGUGACCUCCUUUACCCAGAUAACCCCAAGAGAAGGCAAGAAUUGAUCCAUCUGCACCAGGAAUUGCUUGAUUGCAUGUCCACAAAUUUCCGUGCAACAAAUGAGCUGGCUAGAGUGCUGAAUGAACACCUGGGCUGUACUAUUACCUACAUUCGGAUGAGGGAGAACAGCACAGUCAAGGAAAAUUGUGACAUUAUCAUCGAAGCAAUGAGUGAGAUUCAGCAUCAGGUACAGAAGAUUGAUAGUGACCUGAAGGAAAAGCUAGAGCCUGUGCUGUACCAGAAGCUGUAUGACAUCAAAGAGCCUGAGCUGGAGAAAAUAGCAAUAGCCCAUAAAGUUUUUUCCAUUGUACUUGGAGAAGCGACUUCAACAGCUGGAAUGGUAGCUAUCAAACUUCUCAGCUCCAAUUUUUUAACGCUCACUGUGAGCAAGCUCGUCAGUCUCCUUGCGCAGAUUGGGGCAUCUGUUCUUGGGGGAAUCAGCAUCACUAUUCUCGGACUCGGCAUCGAAAUGAUUCUUCAUGCCAUUCUGGGAGCCAUGGAAAGGAAUCAGCUUCUGGCAGCUGUGAGAAGCUAUGAGAAGCACCUGGCUGAGUUUAAAGCAGCCUCGGAAAAGUAUCGGUGUGCCAUACAUGAAGUGACUUCUUUGGUGAGACAGCAGGUCCAGUGAAUGAAGUCAGAGCUCUCUCUCCUGCUGUUAGAGUGGCUGCAGCAAUUACACCCACAGAAGCCUUUUUGAUUCGUUACGGUAAAUGAACUACUGAUGGCUUUUUUUCUUAUUAGUGGCAAGAGAGCAAGAGACCAGGGAACUGGCACUGAAAUAUAUUAAUAAGGAACCGGCUUAUAGAUGCUUCUGGGAGGUAGCACUUCAAAUAUGUUGCAACUUUUCUUCAGCUAUUUUCUGGAGUGCAUUGUAGAUAACCUUGAACUGUAACUUAUACUUGUGACAAUACUCCUCACUGCUGGAGUAGUGCUGAGAAGGUGUGAUUUUUCUCCUACUGUGUUUCUGUAUCAAGGAGGACAAUAUGGUGGGAGAAAACAAUUUCAGCAAGCCAGUCCAUAUCAUCAUCAGGAUGGCUGGCUGCUAAACUCAGACUGUGGAUUAGUGCUAAAUCUGGUAUGCUCAAUUCCAUGUUUGUUGGACUGCUUACAAGGACUAGCUGAAGCAUAUUUAGCUGCUAUUUCCUGUCCCAUCCCUGCCUAAGAAGCUAGACAGAGGUCUUCUUUAAAUAAACUCUAAUUCCAGUAGAUUAGCAGGUAAGAGAAGCAUGGGCCUACAAGCAAACACACACAAUCUUGCCACACAACUGAGAUAAACCAGCUGUAGUGUUCCAGGCUGUGAAUGACCUCUUAUUCUCAGCACUGCCCUGCUCCUGCCAACUUACAGGUAACUAUUCUGGUGCACAGUUGCUGCUUUGUUGAUUAAAAUGGGAUGCUAAACAUGUACAAGUAUCUGUAGGAUUACAGGCCUAUUAAUGCACCAAGUGCUUUAUUUUGAAUCUUCACCAGUGUGGGACUGCCAACAGUGUGCUUAGAUGCUGCAUUUCACAAUACGCUACCAAAUGUCCUUAUUUUUCAGAUUUUAAAAACAAAGCUGGAAGCAGGAACAUCACUUGCAGUCUCUUGCUCUGAUUUGCUGUGGUUUGCUUUUUUUUUUUUUGCUUUGAUCUUUGGAAAAAGAAGAAAAAAAGUAAUAAAAGGAUGAAUAAAAAUGUACCUGAUUAUCGUAAA